CGAUGCAUGCGCAACGAUGGUGAGCGUGUGCGCGUGAGGGGACCAGCACUUUCUGAGCUGGAGGGCGGCAUCUUUAGACACGAUCGCGAUGCGCGGACGGCGAGAGAGGGAAACGGAGAGCGGGAACGGAGGCGGAGGCGGAGACGGAGACGGAGACGGAGACGGAGACUUAUACAGGGACGGAGAGUUGUUCGGGGUGGUGAGAGGUGGCGUGGGCGCUGAUACGGUAGCUUGAGCCGCCGCGAUCGCCUAGAGGCAAUCUCGCGAGGUAUGAUUGUUCUGCCUACCGAAGCUCUACGCCAUUCGAGAGAGAUAUAAAGUGGGCGCCCCCUCACCCACCGCCAUUGUCGAUGUCCAGUUCCUCAUCACCGGCACACACACGCGCGCAAGCAUCUCCUCCAAUCUCAAGCCACAUCUCCAGCAGCUAGCUCGUACAUCACGCCACGCAAAACCGAUCGAAUCAAUGAAGAUUGUCAUCCUUGGAGCGUCUAGAGGAUGCGGACUCGCGCUCUUGAAGCGUCUAGUGUUCGAUGACGCAGCAGCAUCGCAGCACACCAUCCAUCUCCUCCUUCGCAACCCCUCCUCUUUCAGCCAACACCUCUGCACGCUAGGCAUGUCAUUGCCGUCCAGCGUACACCUGCAUCAAGCCGAUGCGCUCUCCAUCUCCUCUCUUUCUUGCGCCUUCCAAUCCAUUCGAAAACACGGCGGCAAGGUGGACCUGAUCGUCUCUUCGCUCGGAGCUGUGCCUGUUUUCGAGUGGAAGAGUGGACUGAAACCUCGACUGCAAGCAGGUUUGGAGAGGAUCUGCGCCGAUGGAACAAAGAACUUGCUCGAUGUGAUGCGGGACUCGACGGCCCCCACGCCCGCGUUGAUCGUGGUCAGUUCCAACGGUAUCGGCCAAGAAUCGCUAGAGAGGCUGCCUUGGAUUCUGAAAUUCUUCUAUCACCAUCUAUUGACCCAUCCGCAUGCCGACAAGCACGAGAUGGAAGAGCUGUUGCACAGAGCGUACGGACUGCACUCCGACGACUUUAACCCCAGCGCCAAAUCCAGCUCGGAGCGCUCCGCCGCGCCCUUUGAUCCUUCGAAGCUCCUCAUCGUUCGACCUUCCCUGCUGACCUCCGGUGCUCGGACCGGGAAAUACCGCAUUUCAGAGGCAGGAAGCACGUUGGACAGUGCGUGGACCAUCUCGAGAGAAGAUGUGGGUCACUUCAUCGCCGAGAGCAUCAACGAAAGCGCCGGCGAGGCUGGAUCAAACGCGCUCAAUAGGAGCGGAGCUUACGUGGUAAGCUACUGA